CCAGCCCCGCCCCUACGUGACGUAACCAGACCUCACAAAGACUACAACUCCCAGGAGGCGCCGCGGUGCGGGCGGAGCCAAGGCCUGGCGCGCACCCCAGCGGCGAGCGGAAGAGCAGGCGCUUCAUGGUGGCAGCGGAAGCGGAGAGCGACGGCGUCCCGAUUGAGGUUGCGCCAUGCAGCAAGAAGCAGAGAGAUGCAGAGUUCGAACCAAGAGGCCUGACAUGGCACUUUAUGUACCUAAAGCUCGAAGGGGUACAGCACUCCUCAAGGCAGAUGACAAGGAAGAAAGCUGCAGGCCUCCUACCUUUGUGCCGAAAGAACAAAAAGAAGGUUGUCUUCCCCAGAAGAUCUCUGGAAAUAAACCUGAGUCUCACAGACUCAGUGGCCAUUCUGAUAGACAGGGGUGUGCCUGCAGAGAAGGCAAGAGGCCUUCACCAAAAUUAAGGGAAGACGGGUCCCUUCAGAGAAAGAAUAAAGGUAAGGUUUGUACUAGGAGAGGAGAUGAAGAACCCAAAGAAGUCUCGUCUCAAGAGCGUCAACAGAGAGCCCCCAGUGCUGGCGUUACAUCUACUGUACCUCUGCAGAGACUUUUUAAACCAAAGGAAACGGAAUGUUUGGAAGUUCCCACUGCAGGAUUGACGGAACACCGGGAGGUGCAUCUAUCGAAGUCUUACUCAGAAGUCAUUGAUGCUCAGGUUCUAAACAGACCAUUCCAGAACAUAGGACCUUGUGAUUUUAGUGGGGAAACUUGCGUAAAUAGAGAUUUGGAAAGCAGAACUGAAACUGAGACCAAAGUAAUGGAGUUGGCCUCCCAGUGUCCUCAAGUUGUUACCACUCUGUUGAAACCAGAGGGUAUGGCUGUGCCAGUAAUGCUAAGCUCUGAUUCUGAAACUGCACCAUGCAGUAUGGAAAUAUCAGAUGGAGUGUCAAAUCACAGUUCUGGGAGCAUCUCUGCAGUUUCUGUUUCUGGAGGUCCAAAUGAUACUGAGCCAACUUUUAUAGAAUUUGAAGCUAAGAGUGAGGAUACAGUCAACACUCCAGAGUCUGCCUUGGGUCAGAAAGGUGUAGCUUCCAUUCCUGAGACUAUUGGUAACAUUUCUCUUAAAAUGGCUAUAGUCAGCAAGUUAGAGAGCACAAAUGGCAUUAUUGAUCCGACAGUGACUAGAGAAUGUGAGAGUGACAGCUCUGCUGAUAAGUUGUGUGUAGAGUAUGAACCUUCUGAUACAGCUGUCCUUGCUCAUGAAAGAGACACAGACAGUGGAUUUAAGAACGCAUGUGACACUAUCAGCAAGGCAUGUAUGGAGGACAUGGCAGGUGCAGUUUGUGAUCAUCAAACUGCAGACAGGCCUUGUAUAGUUGCAGUUAGAGAAUCUGAUGACAGUAGUAGCAAUACAAGUAAUUUCUCAGAUUAUCUAGAAAUGAGUGCAGAUGUAGCCCUUCUCAAUGCAGCUAAAAGUGAGAACGGCUCUGAAAAAGUUAGCAGCCUAACUGCUUGCCCAGAUAUUUAUGCCGAGAGUAUUGCUUCUAGUUUUACAGAGUCAACAGGAAAGUUGAUAGAGAGUGUGUCAGGGUGUGCUUCCUCUUUCCCCAUAAAGAAGAUUGCUGACAGUAAUUGUACCACUUGUUUGGACUCUGAACUGAGUGUGUCUAAUGGGACAGAAGUCCUUUUGGAGAGUGCCUUGGGCAGUGAUCUGAAUAGUACUGAGGAGAUAACAGAGGCAUUGCACGAACUGAGAACUGCUGCUGAAGAGUUUAAAACAGAGAAGGAAGAUGACUCAGAGAAUAUAGUGCGUGGCGUAUCAUUUUCUGAUGGAGAUUCAUCUGUGGAAACAUCCGCAGAGCUAAAAACAACAGACACUUCUCACAUAAACGGAAGUAUUGCUGAGGAGGAAAGCUGGGAAUCUAUGUUUAAUGAUGACGGUGACUGUAUAGCUCCACGUCUUCUACAAGAGUUAUCAGGGAAUAUGAAGAACAGAAAAAGCAUUCAGGAGCCUAGAUUUGAUUACUAUAGCCAUGAACUUCCUGAUAUUGACCUCAGUGAAUGUGAAUUCCCACAUGUCAUUGAAAUUUAUGACUUUCCUCAAGAAUUUCGUACAGAAGACCUUUUGCGAAUUUUCUGCAGUUACCAAAAGAAAGGAUUUGAUAUUAAAUGGGUAGAUGACACACAUGCCCUAGGAGUAUUCUCCAGUCCAAUCACAGCUCGUGAUGCUCUGGGUAUUAAACAUACCAUGGUGAAGAUACGGCCCUUGUCACAGGCCACAAGAGCAGCCAAGGCCAAAGCUAGAGCUUGUGCUGAGUUUCUCCAGCCAGCAAAGGAGCGACCUGAGACUUCCGCAGCCUUAGCCAGAAGGUUAGUCAUCAGUGCCCUUGGGGUUCGAAGCAAGCAGAACAAAACUGAACGGGAAGCAGAGCUCAAGAAACUGCAAGAAGCCCGAGAGAGAAAACGCUUAGAAGCCAAGCAAAGGGAAGACAUCUGGGAAGGCAGAGGCCAAUCUGCAGUUUGAACGUCACUUACUGAGAGGGUGAAGCCAUGAAUUGGGAAGUGUUUUCGGUUCCUGAGAUGAGAGGACACUUCCAGAGCUGUAUACAUGCAGAUGAGCAUGUUAAAGAAAACGGGAACAAGACUGGAGGGUAUAGGAGAACAAGGAGUCCUGCCCUCACUCCCACAUUGCCCUCCGGUGGUGGACGUUAACAGUAAUCAUCCAGUGAGAAGAAAAAUGGAAGAAGUGGGUUCUAAGAGUCUUCUGGGUAGAAGAGGUCAAGUUAGCAUGGGUCACACUUCCAGGAAAUCUAAAGCAAGUGCAAAGCGGAACAGAGGAUUCAAGCCUGCAGUCAUAGGAGUGGGAGACCAUGUGGCAGGGUAUUCCUUAGUACUUCAGAAGUUGAGAACAGUGAGGGGGUGGUGGGAAGCCGGUCACAGAGACAGAGGUGCCUGGUGUCCUUGGCAGAUAGCGUCUACACUGCUGGCUCCAGAAACCUAAAGCCAGGGAUGUGUGGCACGUGUCGGUAUUUGGACUCCUGAGUUUGUACUAAGCUUGGUGCCUGGUACUGUGCCAGCUGCACAGCGGGCAGUGAUUCCCCC